UUUCGCAUUGCUUCUAUAUCUGGCGUGAAUUUGUAUACCCGGUCUAUGUCCUUGCGAUCAAUCUCUUCAGGAUUUUUCACUCGGCCGAUUUUCACAACUUCCAUACGUAGAGGUUUCCUUCAACUUUCACAUCAGAAACCGCACACUUUCUUCAGACCAUACUCUAUUUCCGUAUUGAUGUCAGACCAGAAGCAAAAGUCAUACCAAAAGUCUGGACUCCAGGACCUCUACUUCGGCCAAGAGUGCCUCAACCGGUUAUCGUUCUUGAGAGAAGACUACGACUUUUUGAAGCUCGCGGGGACCCACCCUAGCGCCAAGCUCCUUGUGAUGGUGGGGAACAACGCAGUCUCCUUUGGCGAGAACAGCCACCACGAAGAGCACCUCACGUUUGCCCAGAACAAAACCACUGUUGCUUAUAUGAAGCAAUGGUUGGCGGACCUGGAAGGACUCAGCGCAGAGUCUAGAGCUGCCGGGAAACCCAUUGUGGUUUUCUUAGGCAUCAAGGACCUGUCUGUCGGGUUUGAGCCCGAGAGCUACUCUGGACCCGAGGCGUAUAUCACCUACAAGGAGAGAUACACCGGUAUUCCGUACUUUGCGUUCAACUUUCCGAGAAGGGGCGGAUUGGAGGCCUUUGUUGAAAAGGUGCGGGCUGAAACCGGUACACUCCCCGAGUACAAGGUUCUUUCGGGCUUCCAGGACGUGUUCAAGUUGUCUAAUUUCAACGCCUCCAUUAUGUCACACGCGCGGAUGUACGUCGACUGGAUCCACAAGAACCAGUUCUGCGGUGGGUGCGGGAGCCGUGUUGUUCCAAUUUUCGGUGGCUCCAAGUUGAGAUGUCUCAACAAUGAAACCGAGACCGUUGGGGACAAAGAAACCCCAGUUUGCCCGGUGAAGCAGGUCCUGGUCAGCAAUCUUUCCUUCCCACGCACCGACUGCGUAGUCAUCACCGCUCCAGUGACGGCAGACCAUUCGAAGAUUCUCUUGGGGACCAGCAAGCGAUGGAAGGGCGACCCCGACUUUGACCGCAUGUGGUCCUGUAUCGCUGGCUUUGUGGAGCCCCUGGAGACCAUUGAGGUGGCCACCAAAAGAGAGUGCUGGGAAGAAACUGGCGUGGUUUCCUCGUCGGUGCAUAUCAUGAAGACGCAGCCAUGGCCGUUCCCGGUCAACUUGAUGAUUGGCUGUAUUACUGUUGUGGAGGAAAAUGGGGUCAACGAGAUGAUCCACUUGGGCCACGAUGCCGAAUUGUUGGAUGCCAAGUGGUUCGAGGUGUCUGAAAUCAAGAAGAUGAUUGAAAGCAAGGGGAAGUACAAUCCGUUCGGGAUACUCUUGCCAAAGUCACAGAGCAUCGCCUUCCAGUUGAUCAAAAUGGUUGCCUUCAACGAGGUAAACUUGACUAGUAAGAUUUAAAAUACAGGCUGGAUUAGCACUUGUGUAGAGCCCUGUUGCGGGGAAAGACGGUCAGAGAUUUAAUCCGUCUGAAGGUGUGUAAUGAUUCGUUUGGGGCUAGUUUUCUACAUCUGCAUAGUCGUAGAUACCGUGAACUGUAAGCUGGGAGUUUUUAAUAUAAGGGAACGUUCUAC